UUAAAAACAUGCACGUUUUAUAUCAGGAAAUGCUAAAAUAAUGAGAAGGAAACAAAAGACAUGCGAACCAAGUUCAAAAUACAUGACUUGUGAGAAAAUGGCUUAGAGAAAUGUUUUAUUCUGUGAUUCAAUACUCUGUAGUACAACAUUUUAAAAUGAACAAUUCUGGGAAAAAAUAACAAAAAGUUGAACGUGUCUAAAUAACGUCAGAGGACAUGUUUGAAAAGAUCCACAAUACAAGCUUCAGACUCAUCGUCAUACAGAUACAGAUAUUUGGAAUACGACACUCAUUUGAAGACAUUCCUAGAUGUUUAGGAUAUCCUUUUGAGUGUUGUCCUGGCUACAUGUGGAAUUAUAGAAACAAUAUAUGCGAACAAUGCAUGGCAGGUUACAUCGGAAGAAACUGUACAAGUAAAUGUCCCUUUCCUUAUUACGGUAUAGAAUGUCAGCAGACAUGUAACUGUAACCAGUCGUUAUGUAAUAUAUCCACUGGAUGUAUAGUGGCUGCAAUGCCUUCUGGUGUCGGUACAUGUAAGUACUGUGAUCUUAGUAGAUGUGUAUUUACAGUGUUUUGUGUUCUUGUGCUUGCGCCAAGGGUGCAUUUUUUCACCUGA